CAGCUGUCUUUCCGUCUCCUUCACUCCCUCCCCCUAAACAUUUCUCUAACACAAUCAACCCCCCCAUUGCAAUACAGUCCACAAUGGGGACCCCCACUCUCUCAUUGAGGUCCAUCCUGGGCCUCACGCUGCUGCUACUCGUGCAGCUCUCGUCCGCCCUGAAAUUCGACCUCUUCGCCUCGACCAGCAAGAACGAGCGGUGUAUUCGCAACUUCGUCAUGAAGGAUCAGCUGGUUGUUGUUACUGCUAUUGUGGAUGGUCAGAAGGGGGAUGGGAUGGUUGUUAAUAUGCAUAUCAAGGAUGCGCUGGGUAAUGAUCAUGGGAGGCCGAAGGAUGUGGUGGGCGAGACGAGGCAGGCUUUCACGUCGCCCGCUGAUACGGCGUUUGAUGUGUGUUUUGAGAAUAAGCUUGUUUCGCAGCGCCACUCCAACCCCCGCCGCGCAAUCGAACUCGACGUUGACAUUGGCGCCGACGCCCGCGAUUGGUCCAGCAUUCAAGUCCAGGAGAAGCUCAAGCCCGUCGAGACGGACCUGCGCCGCAUCGAGGAGAUGGUCUCUGAGAUUGUGAGCGAGAUGGAGUACCUGCGGUCGAGAGAGCAGAAGCUGCGUGAUACGAACGAGAGCACGAACGAGCGGGUGAAGUGGUUCGCGUUUGGCACUAUGGGGAUGUUGGUGGGUUUGGGCGUGUGGCAGGUUAUUUAUCUGCGGGCUUAUUUCCGGUUCCAUACACUCAUAAUGUCCCUCCCCAGGACCCUAAUCAGCCGCCUCGCCCGGCCCGCUGCGCUCCCCCUCCGAACAGCCUCAACAGCAACCCUCACCCGCGCCUUCGGCACCUCGGCCCCUCGCCUCAACAAUGACUCCAACAACAAGAAAAAGCAACAGCAACCAAACCAAGCCAUCCCCAACACGACCUCAACCAUGACAAAGGACUUUCCCAAAGUCGGCGACCAGCCCGCCCCGCCCGACAUGAUCUCCUCCGUCGACCCGGACUACCGACCGGCUGAUCCGUACCCCGGGAAGGUCGAGCACUUCACGGGGGGCCGCCAGGGCAGCGGGCCGCAGAAGCCGGAGUUGGGCGUUGGUGAGAUGGAGGGCAUUACGUUCAAGGUUGAGCCGUUGAAGAGGGAGGGCGAGGAUGUGUCCACCAUGAGGGCUAGGUUGUUGUACCAAAGCCGAAAGCGCGGCAUCCUCGAGUCCGACCUGCUGAUGUCGACCUUUGCCGACGCCUACCUCGGCAGCAUGUCGCGCGAACAGCUGCAAGAGUACGACCGAUUUCUGGACGAGAAUGACUGGGACAUCUACUACUGGGCGACGCAGGAUCCCCCUACGGAGGACUCCCCCAAGGAGGAUACGCUGACGGAUACGUGGCAGCGUACGGGCGCCAAGAGCGGCGAGUGGAAGCAGACGGUGGGCGCCUUCAAGGCGGCGUACCGACCGGUGCCGACGCGAUGGAAGGAGUCGGAGAUCCUGGAGAUGUUACGCCGGCAUGUGCGGGAUAACAGCGCGACGGGAUUCCAGGCGGCGAAGGAGAAGAAGCGGGGUGGGGGGAAGGGGUUAGGGCGGAUGCCUCAGGUGCAGGGCUGGUCCACGCACAGCCCAAACCAAAGCGGGACCGGACUAGGGCUCAAUCCCGCGUUUCCCUCAUCGCCAAUACUGAUCCCGAAACUGUGUCGUUACGAGCCAUCUUUUUCCCAGUUCCCUCACUCCCUUUUCCCCCUCCUCCCUCCCUCUCUCCUCCCCAUCGUCACGUCCGGAACUCCGAUCAUGUCUGAGCAGCUGGUCCUUCGCGGCACCCUCGAGGGCCACAAUGGCUGGGUUACUUCCCUUGCCACCUCUCUGGAGAACCCCAACAUGCUGCUCUCCGGCAGUCGCGACAAGACUCUGAUCGUCUGGAACCUGACCCGCGACGACCAGGCCUACGGUUACCCCAAGAAGUCGCUCGUUGGCCACAGCCACAUUGUGUCCGACUGUGUGAUCUCCUCCGACGGUGCCUACGCUCUGUCCGCCUCGUGGGACAAGUCCCUCCGUCUGUGGGAGCUGUCCUCCGGCGCGUCGACCCGCACCUUCACCGGCCACACCAACGACGUCCUCUCCGUCUCCUUCUCCGCCGACAACCGCCAGAUUGUCUCCGGUUCGCGUGACCGCACCAUCAAGCUCUGGAACACCCUCGGUGACUGCAAGUUCACCAUCACCGAUAAGGGCCACUCCGACUGGGUCUCUUGCGUCCGCUUCAGCCCCAACCCCCAGAACCCCGUCAUUGUGUCGGCUGGCUGGGACAAGCUUGUCAAGGUCUGGGAGCUCGCUUCCUGCCGUCUGCAGACCGACCACAUCGGUCACACCGGCUACAUCAACACGGUGACCAUCUCCCCCGACGGAUCGCUCUGCGCCUCGGGCGGCAAGGACGGCACCACCAUGCUGUGGGACCUCAACGAGUCCAAGCACCUGUACUCCCUGCACGCCGGCGACGAGAUCCACGCCCUCGUCUUCUCCCCCAACCGCUACUGGCUGUGCGCCGCCACCACCACCAGCAUCACCAUCUUCGACCUCGAGAAGAAGAGCAAGGUCGACGAGCUCAAGCCCGAGUACAUCGAGAAGGGCAAGAAGAGCAACGAGCCCGAGUGUGUCUCUCUCGCCUGGAGCGCCGACGGCCAGACCCUGUUCGCCGGUUACACCGACAACAAGAUCCGCGCCUGGGGUGUCAUGUCGCGGGCUUAGAAAAAUUUGUUGGUAAAACAAAGGGAGCUCGGUUUAUGUGACGGAGGGAGUUUUUUUGUUCUUUUUUUUAAUAUUUUUCCGUUACGGAAAGAGGGAAUCCCAAAG